CGUCAGACGGAUCAGACCAAUAUGAUCAUGGCCACCGAGUCCUAUUCCAUGAUAGAUCUCCGGUCAAUGCGCCAUGACGGAUGCACGGACUUUGGUGGUGCGUUUCUCUUUCCUUGGUCCCAACACGAUGCCAACGGCCACUGGACGGCGACGUGACAGUGGCAGAGACGAAAGCGGCUGUUCCACGCUCGCCCCUCCACUAACCCCCCCGCCAUGCCUGGCUGUGCCUGUGUAUUGCCUUGAUGGCGCCCACACAGCCUAUGGAUUGCUCAACUUUAAACGCGCGCUGACGUCCAUGGCUCGAGGAAUGAGCCGUGCGCUGCAUCGAGUCGACGGCAUCCCGAAGCACGAAUGAAACCCACGUUUCCUCUGGAGAUCCCACGCUAUAUGGCGGAUAACUGUGCUCCAGACGAAGGCGAUUCUAUUCCCAGCUUGAUGCCUUCUACUGUCGCAACCUGUCCCCAGCCCUUUGUCGGGAACAAUCGGAGAUGUCUUGCUCUGACGGCCUUGAGAUAGCCUUGAGAUAUAUAAGCCGCGGUGCCCACUCGUGUACUGUUGACAAAUCCCCCAGACUAAUAUAAGUACUAGUGUCAGACGCAGAUUCACCAUGGCUCAGUUCCACCCUGUCUAUUCCCAAGAGUCCUUGCUGGAUAAGGUCGUUCUCAUCGUAGGUGGUGCCAACGACAUCGGAGCCGAGUUCAUCAACAUAUGUUGCAAGCACGAUGCCCUGGUCUGCAUCGGUGACAUCGAAGAAGGCAAGGGAGAGAAACUCGUCCAUGCGUGCUCACGGUUGUACCCCAGUCACUCAUCUGCACCCCGGGCCAUCUUCCACAAGACCGACGUUACCAAUUACCAAUCCGUCGUUGACCUGUUCGAAGCCACCUUCAAGGCCUUUGGACGGAUCGACCACGUCAUCUCCGCCGCUGGCAUCCCCGAGAAUGGCAACUGGUUCGACUAUGGACUGUCGUUGCAGAAUGUUCGACAGGAACCGGACCACAAAGUCCUCGAUGUAAACCUACUGGGAACCCUCUACGUGACCCGUGUAGCCAGCGUCUACCUCCGUCACAACCGGAACAUCAUCGAUCAUUCCACGAACACCGACCGAUCCAUCCUCCUCAUGUCCUCCGUUGCCGGAUUCAAGGACGCACCCGGUAUGUUCCUCUACCAAGCGUCCAAGCACGGGGUGAUCGGUCUCAUGCGCUCGCUGCGCGCGUACAUUGCGUCUCCAACCGAGCAUAACCUCCGGAUCAACACCAUAUGCCCAAAUCUGACGGACGCGGGAGUGAUUAACGGUGUGCGCGAGGAAUGGGCCAAGGCGAAUCUCCCGCUGAACGCACCGCUUGACGUCGCAAAGGUCCUGGCCGGCGUGGUCUGUGAUCCCUCGCUGAAUGGCAAGUCGAUGUACGUGGAGGGCGGACGCGCCUGGGAAUUCGAGGAUAGUCUCACCCGUCUCGAGCCGGAGUGGCUGGGCGAGCAGCCGUCGCAGACGCUGGCGCAGAGCAGACAGGUUAUUCAGAACGGAGUGCUGCGGAGCAACAAGAGCAAGAGGCGGAAUAGCAAGAUCAAAUUCAAUGGCCUAGGUCUACCACCGCCGAAAAAGGUGACCAUCACCAACGGGCAUUAGAUGCGAGGGAAAGAAUUGGAUUAUUUAUACCCAGUAUCUACACGCCAGCUCGACAGGACGACUUGAUGACUGCUAAUGCGUUCACCAUUCUAGAUCUUGGAUUGGUAUAUUUUUAUUCAAAUUUUGUUUUUUGUUCAAUUUUGUUCAAUUUUUAUUUUUUUAUUAUUUUUUAUUGUUAAUUUUUAUUUUUCCCCCCCCCGUUUCGACUGGGUGGCUACGUUCAACUGAAUACUUGGCCAUUUCCAUCACAACCUGCAUACUUACGCAAAGUCUUCAAUAAUUCCCUGA